UGACAAAUAUUUAUUUGCUGUUGAAUAUAACAAUAACAGAACUGUCUUUUUCCUGUUGCCUUCUUAAUUAUACUCUCAUAAUAAUACACACCUGGAAGUUAGUUCACUUACAUGCCUAAAUUAGAAAUUUUAGGUGACCAACAUAAUUAUUUUGACUUCUCUUUGUAAGUAACCUCACUAUAAAACUCAACUCCAAUAUUAUUAUCUGGCAUUCAAUCUACUCCUACUCUUAAGGAUAAAAACAUACAACAAAGGAAAAAAAAAAAAAAACUUUGUUUCAGUAGUUUUUAUACACACAAAAAUGGCUUCUUCACUAGUCGCGAUGGUGCUAGUCAUGAGCAUGUUAUCGGGUGGAGCUUUGGCUCAGUCAGGGUGCACAUCUGCAAUAGUGGGAUUAGCCCCAUGUCUUAAUUAUAUCUCAGGAAGCUCUUCUACCCCAUCCUCUUCAUGCUGUUCGCAACUAUCUAGUGUUGUUAAAUCACAACCUCAGUGCCUUUGUCAAGUGCUUAAUGGCGGUGCCUCCAACUUUGGAGUCACCAUCAAUCAGACCCAGGCUCUAGCCCUCCCAACCGCCUGCAACGUUCAAACUCCUCCUGUUAGCAAGUGCAAUGCUGCAAACCAGCCAUCAUCAGGAGGAACCUCUGCAGCAUCCCCUGUUGGUUCCCCAACAGCUUCGCCUGCUGAUGCCUCGACACCAGAGGGUUCAGUCAAUCCUGAUGACUCUCCAACAUCGCCAACAGUCUCUAGCACUCCUUCAGCUGGAGCUGGAUCGAAAUCAACUACAGGAAGUACAUCAAACGGGAACAAGACCAAAUUUUCAUUUCAUUUCACCCUCUUCCUUCUCUUCAUUACUUCAAGCGUUUCUGCUAUCAUUGCAGUUUGAAAUAAGAAUACUCCAUAAUGCUAAAGAUAUUGAAAGGUUUCGGUUUUGAUCAAUAUGUUCAUUUGAUCUAUAACAUUAUACUCCAUAGAUGAUUACUUUUGUAUAAUCAUAUACUUCUUGUAUCAUUUACUCCUACUUAAUAAUAAU